AUUCUCAUUUCCUGUCAUUUUAUUUUCUUCAAAAGAAAAUCGAGGGCUCGCAGAAAAGUAGGUCGUUGGUAUUGAUUUUUAACUAAUAUUCGACAAACAAAGACGUAACUCUGUUCUAUGUGGUAACCUGCACUACGUUGGCUGAAGUUGCAGAAAGACAACGUGCACCAUGCCUGACGCGGAGUCGGGCGCGCCGACGGUCGAGAAUGUUCGGGUCGUGGUACGCGUGCGUCCGAUGGACCAGCGCGAGAAGUUGGAGGGGUCCUACAACUGCGUAUCGGUGGACUCCGUGAACAACACGAUCGCAGUCAACAGGAGCAGCGUCAACCCUCCGGAGCCCCCGCGCAUCUACGCCUACGAUGCCGUCUUCGACUCCAAUACUUCCCAGAUGGACAUCUAUGUCCAGACCGCGAGUCCUAUCGUGGAGCAGGUGCUACGUGGGUACAAUGGUACCAUCUUCGCUUACGGACAGACCGGCACGGGCAAGACUUACACCAUGGCCGGAUCCAACUCAGCGCCAGAGCUGAGAGGCAUCAUACCCAAUUCCUUCGCGCACAUUUUCAGCCAUAUCGCCAAGGCUAAUGAUGAUGAGAAGUUCCUGGUGUGUGUGACGUACCUGGAGAUCUACAACGAGGAGGUCCGCGACCUGCUCGGCAACAACCCGCACCAGAGCCUGGAGGUCAAGGAGCGCCCGGACAUUGGCGUCUUCGUGAAAGACCUGACCGGCUACGUUGUCCACAAUGCUGACGAGCUGGAGAAGAUAAUGGCGGUGGGCAACCGGAACCGGCACAUCGGCGCCACCGCCAUGAACGUGGAGAGCUCGCGCAGCCACGCCAUCUUCUCCAUCACCGUGGAGAACAGCCGGCGCGGCGCCGACGGCAAGCUGCACGUCGGCUGCGGCAAGCUGCACCUCGUCGACUUGGCGGGUUCUGAGCGGCAGAGUAAGACUCAGGCGACAGGCACCCGACUCAAGGAGGCCACUAAGAUCAACCAGUCGCUCUCGGUGCUGGGUAACGUAAUCUCGGCACUGGUGGACGGCAAGUCCACUCAUAUACCGUACCGUAACUCCAAGCUCACCAGGCUGCUGCAGGACUCGCUGGGCGGGAACUCUAAGACUGUUAUGAUCGCAACAGUAGGUCCGGCGGAGUGCAACUACGUGGAGACGAUCAGCACCCUGCGGUACGCCAACCGCGCCAAGAACAUCGAAAACAAGACGCACGUCAACAGCGAGCCCGGCGACGCGCUUCUCACCAGAUUCCAACAAGAAAUCGAUCAGCUCAAGAAACAGCUGGAGGAGUCUGCUAACGAGAUCGAAGAAGAGGAGGAACUAGACGGUAUAUCGGAGGGCGAGGUAUCGGACGCGACGCUCACCGACCCCGAGCUCGACGACCUCGACCCCGACGAGAGGAAGAUGAGGAGACACCUCCGCCGGGAGGAGAAGGAGAGACUAAACAGAGAGAAGGCACACCAGGCACGGAAGGUUCUGGAAGAGAAGCGGGCUGAGCUGCAGCGCACCAAGAAACAACAAGAGGAGCUCCGAGACAAGCUGAGCCGGCUGGAGUCCAAGGUGCUCGUUGGUGGAGAAAACCUGCUGGAGAAGGCGGACGCGCAGCGCCGACUGCUGGAGCAGGCGGCCCGCGAGCUGGAGCAGCGCCGCCUCGUCGAGCUGCAGCUGCAGAAGCACCUGCAGAAGAAGGAGGCUGAACGUCUUGACAUCGAGGAGCGCUACUCGAGUCUGCAAGAAGAGAGCGCGGCGAAGUCCCGGAAACUGAAGCGUGCGGUACAACUGCUGAGCGCGGCCAAGGCAGAGCUGGCGGACCAGCAGAGAGAGCAGCAGAGGGAGAUGGAGGGCAUCCUGGACGGCGUGCGCGCGCUGCGGAGAGAGCUGCAGCUGGCCGAGAUCGUGCUCGACGCGUACAUACCUAAGGAGUACCAGGCGCUGAUCGAAAAAUACGUGCAUUGGAACGAGCAGCUGGGGGAGUGGCAGGUGCGGUGCGUCGCGUACACCGGCAACAACAUGGCCGCCCCGCCCCGACAGCCGGCACGCGCGCCGCAAUUCGAGCCGCCAGAUCUGUCGGACCGCUACUUAUCGUACGGCGCGGUGACGGGCGCGCGCGCGCCGUCGCGGCUCGCUCGCCCGCACGCGUCCGCCGUGCCACGCCCGCACACGGCGCUCAGACAGCGGCAGUAGACACACUCAGCUCCAAUAUUCAGCUGCUACAAGUAUCUUCUGACUCUAGGUCAUAGAUUGAUGUUAUACUAGAGUCUAGGAUAAUAUUGACAGUGCUCAGAAAACGCCUUUGCUAACGCCAGCAUUUUAUGGCGCUUGAAUAACAUUGGCUUCGUGGAUGCAAAACAACUGCGUCAAUGACACUUACAAUACGGCGGCGUUUGUUAAUUCUUGUAGCUCUGUAGCUCAACCAUGAGUUUAAAGCUAUAGUAUUUUUCGAUACUCCAUACCGACUACGUAAAUAUUUAGUAUGGCGACUUUAGUUUCGCAAGUAAUCGCUAGAGGCGCUGUAAAAUUUGCCAUACUAAAAAUUUACGUAGUCGUCGGUACCGAGUAUCGAAAAAUACUAUAGCUUUUAACUCAUGGUUGAGCUACUGUAUACUUUUACUCUUAACCUCAUUUAGUAAAUCACAAUGAAACAAUCAAAUUUCACACAACUCGGCAACGUGAUCGUAUCAUUAAUUUAAUAUAUUACAACAGGCAGAAGUUAACUCGACACAUCGUCCUAAAUGCUUAUUGGCACAUCCACACAUGCCGCCGGCUUAUACCGCCGGGUUUGUCGCCGGCUUUCAGACUGCCUUGCCAACGAAGCCGGCGGCAGG